AUGAUGAUCCUCUGCCGCUCGGGAGCGGCGACGUUCCCCCUACAGGUCAUGUUAGACUCCAUCGGGUCUGAAAUGCAACCGCUUGAAUGGCAAGCUGCCAAACGAGCAUGCCGCGACUUCAAGAAAGUCAACAAUGUGGGCAUCAGCUUCAUCUGCACUGAUCGCACCACGGUUGACAAACUUGGCGGCUUGAAACUCACGGUCUGCGGCAGGGCUUUCCCCAUCCUGCCUUACUCUGAAUUCUCGUCGCUGUACUGGGUGGUCGUCGUCCUCUCGAACGACGUCACGGCCGAACAUGUGUAUGACUUCUUUGUCCUGCACAUUGCCACCCCGGUUCUCAUCAAGUCUACGUAUGACAAGUACUCAGUCCAAUCGCGACAUAUCACGGUCUACUUUCCUGGACGUGACCCGCCGAGCUGCCUCAUGUUUGGAACGGACGACCCAGUUCGUGAGAUAUACCCACUCGGCCCUACACCACAUGCAUGUUACAUCAACCAUCGUAUCAGCCGCUAUAACGCUGGCCCACCGCCUUCCAUCAAGUCGAAACGUGUGCAAACAAAAUCUCACUCGACCCACUAA